AUGGAUACUACUGCUACUUCUGCUAUUUCUACCGUUAGCAAUUCUGCUACAGCUUCAACGCAUCGUCCUUAUCAGUGCGACUUUUGUUACAAAUCGUUUUAUCGUCUCGAACAUAAAGUACGUCACGUUAGAACUCACACCGGCGAGAAGCCUCAUGUAUGCAACUAUUUCAAUUGCGAUAAGCGUUUCUCACGUUCGGAUGAGUUAAACCGACAUAUACGUAUUCAU